ACUCGGCUUCUUGGAGAAUAGAAUAUAUAUAACCCUGAAAAACUCUGUUUCCAUCUUUUUACCAAAAAAAUCCAUUUCUCCUCUUCCUCCAGAUCUGUCUCGAAGACCGUUUAACCGAAUCCAUGGAGAAACCGUACGGAUACGCGAGCGUGAGCAUGAGCGGCGUAGAUCGUUCCUCCGCCGCGAAGGAUAUCGAUCUCGAGAUGGGAGAGGCGACGCUUUACCCAGGGCUAAGCUACGGCGAGAAUCAACUCCGUUGGGGAUUCAUCCGCAAGGUGUACGGGAUUCUCUCGGCCCAGCUCCUCCUCACCACUCUUAUCUCCGCCGUCGUUGUCCUUAAUCCUCCGGUCAACGAUCUCCUUACCGGAUCUCCCGGCCUUCUCCUCUUCCUCUGCAUCAUCCCUUUCGUCUUGAUUUGGCCACUUCACGUUUACCACCAGAAGCAUCCUGUUAACCUCAUCCUCCUUGCCCUCUUCACUAUCUCCUUGAGCUUCACCGUUGGUGUCAGUUGCGCUAUGACAGAAGGAAGAAUCGUCCUUGAAGCCUUGAUAUUGACACUCUCCGUGGUCGGAUCUCUAACCGCAUACACUUUCUGGGCUGCAAAGAAAGGCAAAGACUUCAGCUUCCUUGGACCCAUUCUCUUCACCAGCCUCAUCAUUCUUGUGGUGACCAGCUUCAUGCAGAUGUUCUUCCCGCUUGGCCCGACCUCUGUUGCAAUUUAUGGAGGAAUCAGUGCGCUGGUGUUCUGUGGAUACAUUGUCUAUGAUACCGACAAUCUCAUCAAGCGUUUCACAUACGACGAGUACAUUCUCGCGUCGGUGGCUCUAUACUUGGACAUCCUAAAUCUCUUCUUGACAAUAUUGCGUAUUCUGAGGCAAGGUGACAACUGAAGAAGCCAUAGUGAUGGAAGUUAUCAACCAUAAACAGAACCCAAGUCUUUUAUGUGAUUUACAUUUGUGUGUAUAUCGGACUUAUGUUUCGAGUUUUUUACUAUAUGCUGCUAUGUGAUUAAACGUUUGGCAAAACAAGUUCAAGCAGAGUCAAUUUUCAAAGUGAAAUAAAUUUGGUAAUUUUAAACAUGAGAAAGAUAACCAUCUCUUUUGUUUCUUCAAGAUUUGCACAAGGUUUGCAAGCGUGGCCAGCUUUGUAUGAAUCUGGCCUGAGCAUUUGGUUUCGGUCCAGAUGAUUCAGAUUUUUGGUAUUAUUUUCAUAAGUGUCAUUUGGGUUUUACUAGUUAUCGUACUGUAUCCGCUUCAUUUUGGUUCGGAUCGAAUUUAACCAAUGGUUAAAAUCAUCCAAAUUUUUUUUUUUAAAAC